AUGAUUAACGCAUUAGUUAUAAUCCCAUUAGUAAUAGGAAUAGUAAUAUUUUAUGGUUUACUUUACUACUACUACAAAGAUGGGCUUAAAGCACUUUUGUCCCUUCUUAUAAUAUUAAGUUCCAGUAAAAACAUUUUAUUUAGUCUUCCAAAAUAUAAUUCUACUUCUGGAGGAUUUGAAUGUGAUGCAGGAACUUCUGAAAGUUCCAGAAUUUCGCAUACCACCAUUUUUGAACAAAUUUCAGGAUUUGGAUCUCUCAUUGGAUUAAUUUUUAAUGUUACAUUUUAUGGUGUAACCUCUAAAUUCAAAUUAAGAACAACUUAUAUUAUUGAUGAUUUAUUGAUUCUUAUAUCUUUUAUUACUCCUAUCACUUCAUGGUUCUUUAGCACUAAAAUCCUUUAUACUUUCUUUUAUGUUAGAAAUGGUCAACCUCAACCUCUACUUAUAGCUUCUGUUUCAGUUUUU